CAGAAGCCACUUGACUUGGAGCAGGCUGCCAUGACCAGCCAGUCCCAGGGGAUCAACCAGCUCCUUCAGGCAGAAAAAAGGGCCAAGGACAAGCUGGAGGAAGCCAAGAAGAGAAAAGUAAAGCGACUGAAGCAAGCUAAGGAAGAAGCAAUGGCAGAAAUUGACCAAUACAGAAUGCAGAAAGAUAAGGAGUUUCGGCUGAAGCAAUCUAAGAUAAUGGGCUCUCAGAGUAAUCUCUCAGAUGAAAUAGAAGAGAAAAUACUAGAGAAGAUACAAGCACUGAACGGAAGCUACAACAGGUAUAUGGAAAGUGUGAUAACACAGCUCUUGAGCAUGGUCUGUGACAUGAAACCAGAAAUCCACGUGAACUACAGAGCCACCAACUGAAUGUGCAUCAUAUUGUUCCAUAAAAUGUGUGUGGGUGCUGCCUAAUUGUUUAUGGCUUCAUGUUUAUAUUAAAGAAUUUGAAACGUAAUCUUCAAUUUACUGGACAUCUACAGAUUUCAAUGUGACGUAAUUCACACAUGGACACUGAAUUAAAACAAAAC